AUGGACAUAAAAUCAUUAGAAAUCUUGAUUAUACAUGGUCUAAAAAUGGAGGAUGAACUUUUAGGAUUAUUUCGUAAGGAAAGACAAACUGCAAAAUUGCAGUAUGAAGAAAAGAAGAAACAUGAACUUGAUACAAAUAGAAAAAGAUUGCUUUUUGAAGAAUUGGAUCGAGAAUCUUCGGAAAUCCCAUAG